CUCUAUGUUUAUAUAAACUUGAUACGUCGGAUAUAUAUAUAUUAUAUAGGUAUGUGAACUACGCACAGUGAAAGUACGUGUACCAAAGGAACAUGGCGAAUGUUACUAGUAAUACUACACCUGACAGUAAUUUCACAAAUCUAACAACGGAAUCAACCACCUAUAAUUACACUGGUGACUAUAAUUACACUGGUGACUAUAAUUCCACUGGUGAACCAGGGACAUCCACUCCAGGGCCAGUCGAAGGAGCUUCUUGGAUGAUACUGAUAGUAGCAUUGAUUGCCAUUAUUAGUAACAUUGCCUUCUUCAUCGUCUGCUACAGAAUUGUCCGCAGUGAGCGGGCAAGAACGCAAAAAAAGAUAGAGGAAGCAGAGCAGAAAAAGAUAGAAGAGCAGCAAGGCCAAAAUCAACGUUCCAGCAACGACUCAGUCUCUGAGGGGGAAACCCACUUCUAAUGUUCACCAUCGUCAUCUUCGUCGGAAGAAACGCCGAAUGGCGAACGAGAGUUUAUAGCUAAUGAUAUCAUCAACGUAGAUAGAGUCUGUAGAGGUGAAUGCAUGCGUUCGGCUCAACGAUGAGUUUAUCAGACACAUAGAUCGGAAACCACACACACACACAC